AUGGAGGAGCUCAUAACGUCCACACCAGGAAUGGAGGAAGAUGUCUGGGAGAUGGCCCAGGCCCAGGCCCUACUCACCAUGUUCCUGGUGUCUGCAAAUCCCCCUGACUUUCAUGAUUGUUCCUGUGCAGUACUUGCUGUGGAGAGCCUGGAUGAUGCUGAAGAAUUGCUGGCCCCGAAGUAAGCCAUGGACAUCUUGUGCUUUCUUCCUGAUGAGAAGUAUGGAUGCUACAGACUCUCUGGAGCCAUCACGCACUUUGGAAAUAAACAGAAAUCCAGAGAGAAGAAUCUGGAAGCAGAUGGCACAGAAAGUGCUAACAAGUCUGCUUUAUUCAAGGGCACUAACUACUUUGAGUUGAUGAAGGGCUUGGUUCAACCAAAGUUGGUAAUGAAUGUUACCAGAAGUCAAAAUGUAGAACAGAUAAUCUACACUCUUGAUGCCCUGUCAACAUGUGAAAGGAUGUUUAAGUGGCUGGUGGCACAUAUCAGCAGGGUCCUGGAUGCCAAGCUGUCAAGGUUCUUCUUCACUGCCAUUCUCAACACCACUGUUUGAAGUUCUUUUUUUAAUGUAGUUGGACACAAUACCUUUGAGCAACUUUGAAUUAAUUUUAGCAUUAAAAAAUUUCAAUAGCUCUUCAUUCAGCACAUAUUUAUUCUGGAGCAAGAGGAACAGAGGAAAGCAGGCAUUGACCAGGCAUCCAUUGACUCUGGUCUGGAUUUGAAAGCCUGCAUAGAUCUCAUUGAAAACCCCAUGGGCCUCCUCUCUAUCCUCGAAGAAAAAUGCUUUCCUAAGGCUACAGACACAACUUUCAAGAAAAAACUUUUUGAACAGUUGAUUUAUUUCCAGAAGCCCAAGUCUGAUGAGAAGGGGAACUAUGAAGCUCGCUUUGAACUCAUCCAUUAUGGCGGAUGCAUGCCUUAAAACAUCAGUGGUUGGCUUGAAAAGAACAAAGACCUUAAUGAAACAGUGGUGGCAAUACUUCAGAAGUGUUCCAACAGACUCCUGGCAAGCCUUUCGGAAAAUUACAUCAGUACUGACAGUGUUACAGAACUGUCUUUGAUCAAGAAGGAAGCUAAUCUGCCUCCUCUUCCUCCACUCCAGACUCCGGCCCCUUCUUUGCCUCGAGAAGAGACCAUCUGUCCUGCAAUUGGUGCAUUGUGCUCACAGGUGAGGGUGCUGGGCAGAGGGCAGGCAAUUAUCUCUUUGCUAUGUGUUAAGCAGCAUUUUCGCCUAACUGAUAAAUUACUUCCAGCUGUUGGCAACAAUUUUCUUCUCAUGGAAGAAGGAGAGACCCUAGCAAAUGUUGAAGAGAAGUGCGAGUCCCUGAUUAAAUCACAGAUCGAGCUGGAGGCCAGAGUUGAGGAGCUGUCUGAGUGGGUGGAGGAAGAAGAGGAGAUAAAUUCUGCACUGACUGCCAGGGGGCGGAAACUCGAAGAUGAAUGUUCUGAGUUGAAGAAAGAAAUCGAUGACCUGGAAACAAUAUUAGCGAAGUCAGAAAAGUAGAAGCAUGCUUCAGAGAAUCAGGUCAAGAGCUUGCCUGAGGAGGUAGAAUCUCAGAAGGAAAUCAGCAAACUUAACUGAGCAACCAAGUCCAUGCGGAAAGCUCCUUAGCAGACCCAGGAGUGUGUGCACACAGAGGAGAAACAGAGCAACUUGAGCAAAUCAAUCCUGAACCUGGGGCAGCACGUUGAUGAGCUGCAGAGUGCCCUUGAGAGGAAAGCAAGAAUGAACUGAAAAAGGGAAAAGCACAAACUACAGGGUGAUUUAAAGGUGAACCAGGAAACUGUGGAGAACCUGGAGAGCAGCCAGCAGUAGCUAGCAGAGUGGCUCAGGAAAUUAAAAUUAUAAAUGAGUCAGGUAAAUUCAUAGGUAGAGAAUGAGAAAGGACUGUUGCCUCAGCUUCAGGAGAAGCUGGAGGAGGGAGGAGGGUCCAGUUUGACUUAGCUGGAGAUGACCAAGAAAUAGGAAGCAAAAAUUCAGAAGCUUCUCCAAGAGCUGGAGGAGGCCCACAUUUGUAGGUGAUGUCUGCCUCUUUGAAAGAGGCAUAUAGGCAGUGAACUCAAAGUCAAGGAUCAGGAAGAAAACCUACAGCAUAUCAAGCAAAAACUGGAAAACAGUGGUUUGUAACUAAAAGUGGAUGACCUCCUGGCCCUUGUUGAGCAGAUGAGUUGAGCUAAGGCUAAUGCUGAGAGAGACUGUAGUCUGUAUGAAGAGCCCUUGAAUGAAGCAAAUGCAAAACUAGAUGAGGCAACUCAGGUGGCCGAUGACUUGACUGCACAGAAGACAAAGCUACAGAGAGGUAAAUUCUUUAAAAGACUGGAAGAAAAGGGGGCUCUCAUAAGCCAAUUUACCAGGGAAAAGAGCACUUUUACUCAGUAAAUUAAAGAACUGAGAGGGCAGCUAGAGUAGGAGAUCAGGAGUAAGCAUUCCCUGGCCCAUUUGCUGUCAACUAGGCAUGACUAUGACCUUAUUGAGGAAGAACCAGAGGUCAAGGCUGAGCUUCACUGGACCCUACCCAAAGGCAAUACUAAAGUGGUGCAGUGGAGAAAGAAUUAUGAACGUGAUGUCAUCCAGAGAACUGAAGAGUUGGAGGAUGCUAGGAAGAAGCUGGCAAUUAGCUUACAGGAGGCUGCUGAAGCCAUGCAGGUGGCCAACGCCAAGAAUGCCUCUGUGGAAAGGGCCUGGCACCAACUGCAUCUUGAGCUGGGGGAUGCCCUGUCUGAGCUUGGGAAGGUCUGCUCUGUAGCAGCUGCACUGGACCAGAAGCAGCAGCAGUCUGAGGAGGCCCUUGCUGACUGGGGGAAGCAGAAGCAUGAGGAGUCCCAAGCAUUACUGGCUGCCUCUCAGAAGGAGGCCUGAGCUCUCAGCAGGGUCCUCGAGCUCAAGCACACUUAUGAAGAGAGCAGUGAGGACCAGGAGACACGGAGGAGGGAGAACAAGAACCUGCAAGAACAGAUUUCUAGCCUGACAAACCAGGAUAGAAAAGGGACCCAGACUUUAACUGAAAUGGAAAAGGUCAAGAAACCGAUUGGACAAGAAAAGAUUGAAGCCCAAGUGACACUAGAAGAAAGGGAGGGAGCUCUGGAAAAUAAUCUGGAAAGCAAGAUUCUUCAUUUCCAGUUAGAACUCAUGGAAGCUAAAGCAGAAUUUGAAAAAUGUCAUUCUAAAAUUAGGCAGAAACAGCAGUAUGCUAUUGAAUCCCUUCAGUCUAGUCUGAAUUCUGAAGCCAAGAGCAGACUUGAGGCUACCAGGCUGAAGAAGAAGAUGGAAGGGGACCUGAUGGAAAUGGAAUGCCAGCUUCACUGUGCCAACUGGCAGGUGUCUGAGGCAACCAAAUACCUGACACAGCUUCAGAGUCAAUGAAGGUAAUAUAGGGUGAAGGACCUUCAAGAGCAGCUGGAUGACAGCACACACCUGAACAAUGGUCUGAAGGAACAAGUGGCUAUAGCUGAGCAGCACAAUUCUCCUCUUCAGUCUGAACUAGAGGAACUAAGGUCCUUGCAAGAACAGACAGAUCAUGGGCUCAGACUGGCAGGCAAAGAGCUCCUAGAAGCCUCAGAAAGAAUCAGUCUUUGCUAUACCCAUAACACAAGCCUCCUCAGCCAGAAGAAGAAUAUGGAGGCUGAUGUUGCUCAGAUUCAGAAAGAAGGAGAAGAGAUGAUACAGAUGUGUCAAAAGGCAGAAGAGAAGACCAGGAAGGCAGCCAUGGAGGUUCAUGAACUGGAAGGUGAACUGGAGGGCCAGCUCCAUCACAAUGAGGAGACCUACAGGGAAGCUCACAGACUGGAGCAGUGCAUCAGAGAGCUGACCUAUCAGGUCGAUGCUUCUACAGAGCUUGCAGGGAUGGGAGCGGCAGAGGAAGACAAGAAAAUUGAGCAAGAUGCAGACUCUGACGGAUAA